CUAGCACAACCAUUCGACUUUAUACACUCGCUUCCAAUUUUCUUUUCUUUAAACCCUAAUCUAUUCUGCUGAUCGUUGAAUUGCUUCGUUUUUACAGUUUCUGAGGAAACAUGUCGGAUGAUGAAAGAGGGGAAGAGAAGGAGCUAGAUAUUACCUCUUCAGAAGUUGUAACCAAAUACAAGUUGGCAGCUGAGAUUGUUAACAAGGCCUUGCAGUUGGUAUUGUCAGAAUGCAAACCCAAAGCCAAGAUUGUUGAUAUUUGUGAGAAGGGAGAUUCAUACAUCAGAGAGCAAACUGGGAGUAUGUACAAAAAUGUUAAGAAGAAGAUUGAAAGGGGUGUUGCAUUUCCGACAUGUUUGUCUGUGAACAACACAGUAUGCCAUUACUCUCCACUUGCUAGUGAUGAGGCAGUAUUGGAAGAAGGUGACAUUUUGAAAAUUGAUAUGGGGUGUCAUAUAGAUGGUUUCAUAGCUGUGGUGGGGCACACUCACGUUCUUCAGCAAGGACCUGUUACAGGUAGAGCAGCUGAUGCCAUUGCAGCUGCAAAUACUGCCGCUGAGGUUGCCUUAAGACUUGUGAAGCCUGGAAAGAAGAACCAAGAUGUUACAGAAGCCAUUCAAAAGGUUGCUGCUGCAUACGACUGCAAAAUUGUUGAAGGCGUUCUUAGUCAUCAACUGAAACAAUUUGUGAUUGAUGGGAAUAAAGUGGUAUUGAGUGUCUCAAAUCCGGAAACCAGAGUGGAUGAUGCUGAGUUUGAGGAGAAUGAAGUUUAUGCAAUCGAUAUAGUGACGAGCACAGGAGAUGGCAAGCCUAAAUUGUUGGAUGAAAAGCAGACAACAAUUUAUAAAAGAGCAGUUGACAAGAAUUAUCACUUGAAAAUGAAAGCAUCUCGGUUUAUAUUCAGUGAGAUUAAUCAAAAAUAUCCAAUCAUGCCAUUCUCAGCUAGGGCUUUGGAAGAGAAGCGUGCCCGGCUAGGAUUGGUGGAAUGUGUUAAUCAUGAGCUUUUGCAGCCAUACCCAGUUCUUCAUGAAAAGCCUGGUGAUUUUGUUGCACAUAUCAAGUUCACCGUUCUUCUGAUGCCAAAUGGAUCGGAUCGGAUAACCUCUCAUACACUGCAGGAGUUGCAGCCAACUAAAAUCGUUGAUGACCCUGAAAUUAAAGCAUGGUUAUCGCUACCCGUAAAGGCCAAAAAGAAAAGUGGUGGAAAGAAGAAAAAAGGCAGGACAGUUGAAAAGGUUGAAGAGGCAAUGGAGGAAUCAUCAAAUGGCCAAGAAUGAGAAUGUAAUUUGAUACAAGUUAAAUAGGAAAAUGAAAAAAAAAUAUCCAAUUUUGGUUUCUUGUAUGAAAGAGUUUGUUUGGUAAAGAUGUUUGUACACAGGGUUAACUAUAUAAUAUUUAUUUCAUCUUUUUUUUUUUCUACUGUUAGAAGCAGAAAAGGAGUUAACAA